UUAUUUUCAAUAUCAGGUACAGGACAUUUCAGUGCUCUUCAACUGAGGAGUACCUUCUCAUUGAUGCUCUGUGUAACGGUUGUCAAAGACUGUGAGAAUGGAGAGGAUGAGACCAAUGUUCUCUGUGAGAACAAGUGUCUCAUGCCAUACUACGGAGGAUGUCCCUACAAUAGGGAAUGCAUUCCGUCUGAGACUGGUUGUCAGUUGUGUCGGACUGUCUGCCAGGGUUUUAUUGAGUAUUCAGCAGGAGUAUGCAUAGUGAGAGCUGAAUUUGAUCAAAAUAACUAUUAUGGAAGUGCAAUGGAUGGAGUCACCCAAGACAUAUGUGUAAUUUUAGGUCUUCAGCAAACCCAGUUCGAUAUGGGAGAGGAUGCUUUACCUCCUAUCCAUGCAUCUAUCAGUACAUAUGAUUUUUCGGUAGAGAACCCCAAGGACUAAUAAACUCCAGUUUGUACUUUGUUAUCAGAACAGAUCAAACACAGUACUGCUUUCGCUUUCAGAUAGUUUUGGCCAUGUUUACUGCUCCAGUAGAUAGAUACAGGAUUGUUCUGACUGUUACUACUCUAGGCGUGCGCUAUGUUGAAGUUGCGAGACUGUUUAUAUAUGAGACCAUAUCUUACGAUGUCACUGCUGUCUUCUAUCCUAAUACCUUGACUGUGAGAGAGGAUGCAGAAAGGAGACUAAGAGUUUGUGUUUCACUUGUGUCUAACAAUUCAUUUGAGAGUCCACUAAUUGAAGUGAGCAGAGUGUCUAUAGUGAUAUUGAAUGACACAGCGUCCUCAUUAGAUUACGAAGGAAUGGAUGAAUCAAUCGAGACUCUCACCUAUUUUAAGGCUAAGGAUCAGUUUGUGACAAAUAGUUCCUCUCAAUCGACUUACAUGGAAUGUUUCCGUUUGAAUGUUGCCAACAAUGACCUCGUGGAAGGAAAUAAGACUGUAGUACUGGGUCUUGCAAGCCCAACUGGUGUCAUAAUACUGAGUCCUGAGAGAGCAGAUUCCCAAGCUACAAUCACGAUUGUUGAUGAUGAUCAUUACGUUACGGUCACUCAAGAGCAUAGCAGGUAUAAUGUGUCAGAGAAUAGAUUAUCAGUAGUGGUGUGUGGUGUGCUAAACACAUCAGACAUCAUUGAAUGUGCUGUAAACUACGAGUUUGAAGUCUCACUCAACCUUCGAGACAUGAGUGCUGGUAUGGUGAUUGGCUUUAGUUCUAAAGAGUACACAACUACUGAGUCUCUUGGAGAGGUAUCUGUUUGUGUUAAGAUCCUAAACUCAUUUAAUGGAGAGGCUUUAGAGCCAUUCACGAUUGCUCUACUACCUGAUGAAGGGUUUGAGACGGCAAAUGCAGUUAAAGACUGUUACAAGACAAUAGAGUUUGUGAUUGGAGCAUCAGUGGAGUGUCACAAUUACAGCAUUAAGGAUGAUAACAUGUGUGAACUAGGAAUACCUCAACAAGGCUUUCAGAUCAGACUUGCAAUAAUUGCUACCGGAAAAAUACCAAUAAGGAUAGAUUUAAAACGUUCUCUUGCAACUAUUGUCAUUGACGAUACUUCAGAAAUGGAGUGCUUUGUGAGGGUUGGGUUUGAAGAACCCAGUGUCGUCAACCUUUCUGAGAAUCAUGAGUCAGUUGAAGUUUGUGUGAACAGCACAUCUCCUGGAAUAGAGGAACAGUUUUUCAUCAACAUCACGUCUCAUAAUGGCAAAAAAUGUACGUUUGAAAUAUCUAAUGUUUUAAUGGCACCUAUACCAGCAAGACUGUAUUUUGAGGUUAAUCAAACAAACUUGACUGAUAUUCAGUGUUUCGACCUGUCUGUUGAUUUUUCAAGUGCCCUCUGUCACUAUUUCCCCAACUGCACUAAAAGCAAACUUUCUUUAUCACUGGGAGAGCACAACGAAAACAACCGUGUUUUCAUUGAUGUGGAUAAAUCAACAAUGGAUGUGGAUGUUCAAAUGCCAGAAAGAUGUGGAUGUUCAGCACAAAUAUCUUCAUCAAAUUCGUCUCUAAAUGGUGCAACUGUUGCAGCAAUUGUACUAGUAACAUUGCUUGUCCUAUUAGCUAUUAUUGUAAUUGUUAUGCUGUAUAGGAGAUGGAGACAAUAUAAUCGGCAAAAAGCUGUUGCUGUUGCUCAUGAUGCUGGAAUUUCAAACGUUUAUGCUACUCUGGGUAACAAAGAGUGCACAUGUAAUGUAGGGGAGUCUGGGCUGGUUUACAAAGCCUAUAUCAAAAGUGCAGUUGGAAACAAACUUGUUGCAGUAAAACAGGAAAGGAUCGAUGAAAAGGGAAUCGUAAAAGUUGCUGAUUUUGGACUAACAGAAGAUAUGUACUGCAGAAAGUACUUUCGUCGAGACAAGAGUGAACCUGGCGGUGAAGAGAAAGUCCCCAUUAGAUGGAUGGCUCCAGAGAGCAUCAAGAAUGACAUCUACAAUGAGGCUACUGAUGUUGUGAGAAAAAUAAAGUCUUUCCUGGAAUGUGCAAACAAAUGUAAUUUUAUUGCAGUGGUCAUUUUGGUGUGA